UUACUUACAGCUGUUCUUAUCUAUCAGCUGUUAUCAGCGGAACUUUACCUGUAAUCAAAACCACUUUACAAGGCGUCGUGUGUAAAGAUCUGGACAAGCCGCAAACCAUUUUCUGGUCAUCUGAAGAGCCCUUCAGAAGCAACUAAGUUUGUUGCCAUACUCCAAAAUCCCUGUCCGAUACCGUUUACGUAAUGCUGGGCAAUCUGGGGCGACUUUUGGGUUUACGUUCCUCCAUCACCAGGCGAUUAGUGCACACGGAGCGGAAAAUACGAGUGAAUGGCUCCGACUUGAACAUUGUAGAGAGUGGCAGUGGAGAACAGAGUUUGCUCCUGAUGCCUGGAGCCCUGGGAUCGGCCUGGACCGAUUUUAAGCCCCAGAUCGAACAGUUGCCAAAACUUCUGCCAGGGCACACGAUCAUAGCUUGGGAUCCGCCGGGCUAUGGCAAAUCUGUGCCUCCGCAACGUAAAUUCGGUCUGGAAUUCUUCCGAGAAGAUGCCCAGGCAGCCGUCGAUUUGAUGAAGGCCCUUGAAAGACCCCGCUUCUCUAUUCUGGGCUGGAGCGAUGGAGGAAUUACAGCACUCAUCGUAGCAGGUCGCCAUGCAGAAGCUGUGGAUCGCCUGGCGAUCUGGGGAGCAGGGGCCUACCUAAACGCCGAAGAAGUCAAGGCACUUAAAAACAUUCGGGAUGUGGCCAAGUGGUCGCCCCGAAUGCGGGAGCCCAUGGAACAGGUUUACGGUGUAGAACGAUUCCCUCAAUUGUGGGCCGAGUGGGUGGAUGCCGCAUGCGCCUUCUAUGAUCAAAGAGAUGGAGACUUCUGUCGCUCUGAGGUUGAACAAAUAAAGGCACCUACUUUUAUACUCCAUGGAAAAAAGGAUCCCAUGAUAGCAGCGGAACAUAUUCCGUGGCUGAGAGAGCGCUUGAGUCAUGCAAAAUACCAUGAGUUCCCCGAAGGCAAGCACAAUAUUCAUCUACGUUAUGCGGAGGAGUUCAACAAACUAGUGGCUGAUUUUUUCAACAAAAAGGAUUAGAAUUACUUUUUUAACUUGAAAUCUCUGGAGAUUUGUUCACAUUUUAUAAAAGCUGAUAGCAAAUGGUCGUUAGAACUAAAAGUGGUUUAUAAGCCGACUCUUAACUGACAGAUAGUAGUUCAAGUUAUAAAAUUUCAAAUGUAAGUGGAAGUAGCUAUCUGAAAUGAGACGGUCCAAAGGUCCAAUAUUUUUAUAAGAAAACUGAUAGUUUUGAUAAAUCAAAUUCAUAUCUUAGCUAUAGGAAAUUGUUUAUCUAUUUAAUGAAUCAUGUCGAAAUGAAUUGAAGAAUAACCAUAUCACUUAACUAAAUGAAAAGGAAAUAAAUGAAAGUGACAGUUAAACAAAUUUUGAGUCAAGGUCAAUAAAAUGUUGGAAUAUUCCGUAUCUCUCAGCUAUACUAUACCCUCAAGGAAUUACUUUAAAGUGAUAUCAGUAAAGUUUUCGGAAAAAUGUAGCAAUUUUCAAGCAAAAUGUAAUUCCGGAACAUUAUCUAAUAAAAUUCUUAUGAAAGAAA